GACAGUUAGGAGAGAAAGCAAGAGAGAAAAGGUUCGUUUCCAAAUGUCCGUGUUUUCCCGGUAGAAGUAGAAAGAAGGUGGAAGACGGGGCGGUGUAGGUUAAAGGAUGCUGGCCCGCUGGGUGCGCAUUGCGCAACACACCAUCCAACGGUCGUAUUCGGUGGAAGUGGCGUCUGUAGAGAGAAGCAGGAGCGGCGGGAGAGACACGCUCGGGCGCAGGUUAUUGAGCCUCAUAUUCCCGAAGCGCAGCGCCGUUGUCACUCUCCGCAAAUGGGCUGAAGAAGGAAAACCCCUCCGCAAAUACGAGCUCAAUAGGGUAGUCCGCGAGCUACGCAACUUCAAGCGCUACAAACACGCUCUCGAGAUAUGUGAAUGGAUGAGGACUCAACAGGAUAUCAAGCUCCUACCAGGCGACUAUGCUGUGCACUUGGACUUGAUUGCAAAGGUCCGUGGCUUGCCUAGCGCUGAGAAGUUCUUCGAAGACCUUCCUGAGAAGAUGAGGGGACAAACUACCUGCACUGCCCUUCUCCACAACUAUGUACGAAACAAGCUAUCUGCCAAAGCUGAGGCUCUGAUAGACAAAAUGUCGGAAUGUGGUUUCCUCAAGAGUCCUCUUCCCUACAACCACAUGGUAACUUUAUACAUUGUGACGGGUCAGUUUGAGAAGAUCCAUACCAUGAUUGAAGAAAUAAAGAAGAAGACAUCCCCUGACGUGUUCACAUACAAUCUAUGGUUGAAUGCAUGUGCCAUUGGCAAUGAUGUUGAGGGUGCUGAGAAGGUUUUCCUUGAGCUGAAAAAGGACAAGAUACCUGCCGAUUGGGUGACAUACAGCACCUUGGCAGGCAUAUACAUCAGCACCAACCUCCCAGAAAAGGCGAGAGAUGCUUUGCAGGAGAUUGAGAAAAGGGUUUCUCGAAAAGAGCGUGUUGCUUAUUGCUCCCUUAUUACCUUGUAUGCCAACCUGUGGAGUAAAGACGACGUAUAUAGAAUUUGGAAGAAGAUGAAAGCAUUCUUCCUUAAAAUGAAUGAUGCCGAAUAUACAAGCAUGAUAUCUUCCCUUGUGAAACUUGGAGAUAUCAAGGAAGCUGAGGGUCUUUAUGAUGAGUGGUGUUCAAUAUCGGGAACCCGUGACUCUAGAGUUCCAAACAUUCUCCUUGCAGCUUACGUUAAAGAAAGCACGAUGGACAAGGCCAAGAAAUUUCACGAGCUCACAGUGGAAAGAGGGAUUGUGCCAUGCUACAGCACUUGGGAAAUUCUAGCACGGGGUUAUAUAAGUGCAGGAGAGAUGGAUAAGGUCCUUGACUGCUUGAAGAAGGCCUUUUCUAGUGUAAGGAAAUGGGAGCCGAAUGAUGAAAUUGUCCAAACCGUAUUCAGCAACCUCGAAAUGCAGGGUGACAUCAAGGGCGCAGAGCAGUUUUUGGCCAUGCUUCGGGAUGUGGGUCACAUGACGACUGGGAUUUAUAACUCUUUGCUGCGGACGUAUGCUAGAGCUGGUAAGAUGCCGCUUAUAGUUGUUGAACGCAUGAAAAAGGAUAAUGUUGAGUUGGAUGAAGAGACUGACCGGCUUAUAAAAGCAACUAGCAAGCUCUGCGUAAGUGAAGUUUCAAGCAUCCUCUAUUAGGAGAGUUCUUGUUCCAAUGGCCCUAUGAUGGUAUGAUUUUAAAUCAAUGGCCAGUUAUGAAAACAAUCUGUUGAGAAAUGAAAUGCAACUUCUCACUGUUGCCAAAAUGUAGCACGAAUGCCUCACUGAACUGCCAUAUUUUUUUUCCCACUAUAAUCAUCCAAGAAUUUCCAACAUCGGUGGAAGAUAGGUUCUUGGAAGAACGUCGAGUGUGCUUGCUUGUGCAGGACUGAUGUUGGGCUUCUUGGAAAGUGUGAUGGCAUGUUGCUCGUGUGUGCAAUCUAGUCCUUUUGUCAGUGGGGCUCAUUGAAAAACCAUCCAUUUUCUCAAGCAAGAGUUCCUCGCUUGAUGAGUGGACUGGCCUGAUUAGCAGGCCAGGACACACUUACAAUACAAACUACACAAAUCACCUUAGCAUUUGUAAUUUUGUCAACCGUUUGGCAUCUGAUAAAAUCACAAUUAUAUUGGAUUGAAUUGCAAUUGGUCUAAAGAGUGGAAAUAAGCACUUUGUAAUUCCUGUU